CACAAGAUGGGGUGACUGGCGCCUCUGGCAUUGGCAAGUCUCACGUCAUAAGAAGCACACCCAAGACCGUUCUGCGUCAACAUCACCCUGAGCGCAAGGUUCUUACAGUAAUAGUUUUGUAUUUUUGUAACUGAGUACAAGUACACAAGGACAAAGCGUGAAGACUCAACAAUGUGGUGAUGCAGACAGGAACUCUGAGAUAGCUGCUCUUUCCUCUGUGGUCACAAGAGAGAAGACGUGCUGCAUCGAAGGGUGAUAUCUCUGCAAUAUCUGAAGCCCUUUUUUCUAAAAAUGAGGACAAACCUGGGUAGGAUGUGAUCCCUGCACCCUCCCACCAGGACAUGAUGUCACAGGACAGACAAAGUAUUUGGGACAGAGGUUGGAAGUGGCUGCACUGGGUUCUCCUUGCAUACCUUCUCCUGGUCUUACCAUGCAUGGGCUUCCUGCCUAACAUUUGGUCCCAAGUCUUAACGCUGUCCUGGGGCUCGCACACACAUCAGCACAUUACAGAGCAGGCCAUCCUUAGGGUUACCAUGGAGACUCUGAGAAGCACAAAGGGACACAAUCAAACCCGUGUAGAGGACAUGGUCACCCGUUGCUUCUGGAGAGCUGUUGGAGAGGUUGUGAGGUCCAAUGCAGCUGUGGAUUUCAUGAGCUCCACCAGGUCCAACCCCGUGUACCACUUUGACUCUGAGCAUGUGGACAGUGCCAUGAAGAUGUUGAGGCAGUUAUGGACUCAGACUCUGCUCUCAGUAUGGGCCAAGGAAUACCAAAGUGCCCGACACAGCCUGGGUCAGCUACUUCAUUCCAUGCAGGACUUCUACAGCCACAGUAACUGGGUGGAAAUGGGCCAGGACUCCGUUUACCUCCACCUGCUGCAUCCGGACGAGCCUGCAAUCCCUGUAGCUCAAAAUGAUGUUCCUACCUGCAUGGACUGCUUUAGCACCACCUGCAGAAGCAACCUCCUGCCAGAACUGUCAAGCACCAAAAGAGACUUUCAACUUCUCACAACUGGCUACUUUAGCACUUAUCCCCCAAAACCACAGGGUAAAUGUAGUCAUGGGGGUAUCCUGGAUAGCAGUCGCCAUACAGAAGCCAAAGGGGGCAUCAACAAAGACAGUACCUCACCUCUCUUCUCUCCUCACCAUUACCUCCACAUGGAAGCUGCCAAUCUGGCAGCUGAAGCCACACUGGCAGUUCUAAGAGACCUAAGAGAUACUGUGGGCCACACAAUCUUCCUCAAGCUCUUUACUGUGAAGCAGGUCCCUGCAUUGGUAUUUGUCAUGGACACCACUGGUAGCAUGUUUGAGGAGAUCACAGCCGCUCGUCUCCGGGCUCUGUCCAUCAUCCAGAGCAGAGCCAGCAGUCCUAGGACUGGACCCUUCCUACUGGUGCCUUUCCAUGACCCAGGUGUGGGACCAGUGUAUGAGACAGAUGACCCAAAUGAAUUCAUGCACCACAUGGAGAAUCUGCUGGCUCUGGGUGGAGGAGAUGAACCAGAGAUGUGUCUCUCUGCUAUUCAAUUAGCACUCACUCACAGCCCACCGCUGUCGGACAUCUUUGUAUUCACUGAUGCUUCCCCAAAAGACGCACACUUGUUCGAUGCAGUGAAGGCCCUUGCACUUGAAAAACAGAGCAAGGUGACUUUUCUCUUGACCAAAGACCCCAGUCACAAGAUGGAGAAUAGACAGAGAAGAAAAAGGAGGACUAGAAAACCUUUGUCGCCUGAUCGGUUUGCUCUGUACACUUCCCUGUCCUCUCUGACAGGAGGAAUGACAAUAUUCACCACCGACUCAGACAUCCACAAGGUGUCUACCAUAGUUGAGGAUAAUACAGCUGCUGAUAAGGUGACACUCCUACGUGUGGCAAGUGGUCAAGAUGUGAUGCAAUCUCAUUCCUUCAGAGUCGACAGUUCAAUUAAAUCUGUCACCUUGCACAUUACUGGGAACCUUAAAGAAUGCAGUCUUACCAGUCCUUCAGGUCUCAGACAGGUUCUUCUGAGCGAACAAGGCCUGCUGGCAGAGUUGGAGCAUUUUGAGGGUCUCUAUCGCAUCAGAUUACUCCAUCCUAUACAGCCAGGCCAGUGGAGCAUCCAAGUCAGGAGUCAUGGACAAAUCACAUUCAAUGUAAUAGGUGACAGCAGUGUAGAUUUCUUGUAUUACUUUGCCACAAUAAACAACGAAACACACCCAGGUCUAGCCAGAGUGGAAGGCAAUCCAGUGGCAGGUGUCCCUGCUUUUCUGGUGCUGGCUGUCACAGGUCUGGCUCCUGAUCAGGAGGCUUCUUUCAGUCAUGUGACUCUGAUAGGAGCCAGCGGGGAGAGCCUCAUUCAAGUGGUACUGAACUCCUCCUCUUCCCCUUUAUCAUCUGUGGAAGAGUGGGUGGGUUGGAUGGAGUCUGUACCCAGAGUUCCCUUCUUUGUUCGCCUGUCAGGUCGAGACAGCAGGGGAAACAAGCUGGAGAGGGUUUCCAUGGAGAUGGUCCAGCCCACCUAUGUCCAGAUACAGGUGUUGUCUGACCCACGGCUGGUACCUGGUCAUACCACAGUGGUGCAUUUUGUGGUCCUGAACCAUGGCGUGGCCCGACUCUUCAAUCUGACCGCUCAUGAUGACUCUGGAUAUCUUUAUCAGAGAGGACCUUACAGCUUCCCUGUUGCAGAACAAGGAUCACUCCGUGGUGGUGUGGACCAUUACACUCCACCCACAGCUCAGGCCGGAGGGACUGUCACCCUGACAAUAACUGUUCGUGCACUUGACUCGUCAGACUCAAAUUAUGCUGUGACCUACUUGACCGUGGUUCCGCUGGAUCCUGAUACAGCCCCACCAACCUGCUCCAUUGCACAAAUGAAGAUAUCCUGCCCUACUGAGUGUAACAAGUCCAACUGGAGCAUAUCUCUGGCUGUGUCAGAUAGGGGGCACUCUGGCCUUGCAGCCCUCCAGUUGCAUAAGGGUGAUGGCAUUCUGACUCUAUUCCUCAACCCCCCUGAUGCAUGGGAGACCACUGGUGAAGUUAAAACUGGGCUUGAUCAGCAUCUGGCAAGCACAGGGAGGAUGACCAGCGCAGAACACCACCAACAUCAACACCAUCAUGUGAGACUGGAGAAAGGAGACCCUGCCUUGAACAUCUCUGAAUGGGGACUAGGUUCAUCUCAUCCACUGUGGGUAAGGUACACAUCGAGCUGUUGCUCCACUCGUGCAGAGAUCCUGGUGUGGGAUGCAGCUGGAAAUAUGAAGCGAUGCCAUCUACUGUCACAUGACCAGAAAGAGCUCAGAUACAAGAGCACAGAAAGUAGUGGAACUGGAAAGCCCACACAUUCAGCCAGCUUUUCCAUGUUGUUGGGACUGCUGUGGGGGCUUGUGCUUUUACAAAGGUUUGAGUGCAAAUACAACUGGAUGUGAAUGUUCUGGGAAGUGAAACAUAAAAUUUGUAAAGCAAAUGCUGAUUUUAAUAAAUGCAAAAUCAAAUAAAAUUCA